AUGCAAUUCUCAGUCCAGUCACUCGCUUUGGCAGCAAUUGUCGCAUCAGUCAGUGCCUCGUGCACACGCAACUACACCGUCAAGGGUGGUGAAUAUUGCGACCAGAUUUCAGCUGAUCAAGGCAUCUCCACAUACCAAUUAGCCGCAACCAACUUUGACAAGAUCAACGAAGAAUGCACAAACCUCCAGAAGGGCGAGGAGCUUUGUCUCGGCUGGCCUGGCUCAGACUGCACAGAGACUUACGUUGUCAAGGAAAAUGACACGUGCAAUUCUAUCGCGUACAACAACCAAAUUAACACCACGGUUCUCUGGCUCAACAACCCCCAAAUCGAUGAACAUUGCGGUAACGUAUACGUCGACGAGGUUCUCUGCGUUCACAAUGGCGUCAAAGUCCCUGAUUACACCAUGCCAGAUUACGCACCUGUGCAAUCCAUUAACGACGUUGCCGACUGGGCCAGCCCUCCAGUAGCUAACAUUAUGCCGGUAUCAAAGCCAGAGUGGGAUGAUUGCAGCGCUUAA